UCUCUCCCUCACUCAUUCUCUCCUCCCACCAGCAUUGUAAUUUGCAUAUUAAUGACUCAGAGCACAGCUAGCUGUACAGGAAUAUAAUUCCUUCUUCCUGCUUCAGAAAGGACCCUUAUUUGUGCAUUUUAUUUCUUGACUGAUCCCCUUUUUUCUUGAUCUGUAGAGCAAACCCAUGCUAGCACCGUGCGAAGUGCACACAACCAUUCCAUUCAGAGCAGGGUCAAACAUGUGAGAAGAUGUCUGUAGGCUGUGCUUGCCCUGGUUGUUCCUCUAAGUCUUUCAAGCUGUACUCUCCAAAGGAGCCCCCAAACGGCAGCGCCUUUCCCCCCUUCCACCCAGGCACUAUGCUUGACAGAGAUGUGGGUCCUACACCUAUGUACCCUCCUACGUAUCUGGAGCCUGGGAUAGGAAGGCACACGCCGUAUGGGAACCAGACUGAUUACAGAAUAUUUGAGCUUAAUAAACGUCUCCAAAACUGGACAGAGGAAUGUGACAAUCUUUGGUGGGAUGCCUUCACAACAGAAUUUUUUGAAGAUGAUGCCAUGCUAACCAUCACAUUCUGUCUGGAAGAUGGGCCAAAAAGAUACACAAUUGGCCGGACGUUGAUUCCUCGCUAUUUUCGCAGUAUCUUUGAGGGGGGAGCCACAGAACUCUAUUAUGUCUUAAAACACCCUAAGGAGUCUUUUCACAAUAAUUUUGUGUCUCUGGAUUGUGAUCAGUGUACGAUGGUUACACAAAAUGGAAAACCCAUGUUCACACAGGUAUGCGUAGAAGGCAGAUUAUAUUUGGAAUUUAUGUUUGAUGACAUGAUGAGGAUAAAGACGUGGCAUUUUAGCAUACGACAGCACCGAGAACUUAUUCCUCGCAGUAUCCUGGCCAUGCAUGCUCAAGAUCCACAAAUGUUAGAUCAACUUUCAAAAAAUAUUACAAGAUGUGGCCUCUCAAAUUCCACACUUAACUACCUCCGACUGUGUGUGAUCUUGGAGCCCAUGCAAGAACUAAUGUCCAGACACAAAACUUAUAGUUUAAGCCCCAGGGACUGUUUAAAGACUUGCCUUUUUCAAAAAUGGCAGAGAAUGGUAGCACCACCAGCGGAGCCAGCAAGGCAGGCGCCAAGCAAACGCAGAAAACGGAAGAUGUCAGGAGGCAGUACUAUGAGCUCUGGAGGAGGGACCAAUAGCAACAGUAACAGCAAGAAGAAGAGUCCUGCCAGCAGUUUUGCUCUCUCCAGUCAGGUACCUGACGUGAUGGUGGUGGGAGAGCCCACUCUGAUGGGAGGGGAGUUCGGGGAUGAAGAUGAGCGGCUGAUCACGCGGUUGGAGAACACGCAGUUUGACGCAGCCAAUGGCAUCGACGACGAGGACAGUUUCAACAACUCCCCAGCGCUGGGUGCCAACAGCCCCUGGAACAGCAAAGCCCCCUCCAGCCAGGAGAGCAAGAACGACAACCCCACAUCGCAGGCGUCUCAGUAAAAAAAAAAAAAAGAAUUGGGGGAGGGGGGCGAGGCAAGAAGGAAGGGGGCUGGAAUACAUCCGUGUUUUUUAAAUAAAUAAAAAAAAAAAACCACUCAUCUACCUGAAUAAAUAACAUUUCAAAAGAAUGGCACUCAUUUCCGGUCCUGUAGGCUGAUGCAUUUUGGGAGUUCCACAGUCAUGCAGAAAGUUCAGGUUCAAUCCUGUUGAUGCAUUUCAAAGUAGUUUUUCAACAAAGCAUAUUCUGGACAAAAUGUGUAUCCAAGGUUCAAUAAUACAUAAUGCCUUGGCUACUUAUUUUUUCUUUUUUUUCUUUGCCCACUUACCCUCUCUCCCCUGAAAGUUUGGGCAAUGGUAACCAUACACACACAAAACAAGAAGAAUGUUGUGAAGGACAUUCAUGCAUGGGUUGAGUAUAAGCAUCUAUAAAAACUGGCUAGUUGAAUGCAGCUUCUUCUAACCAACUGUUACAGCCUAUAAAGGAGGAUUUUUGUUCCAACCAGAACUUCAAUUGCAUAUUUCCAAAUAACAUUUUCUUUCUUUGUGCAUACAAGUCAGCAAUCUCAUGCUGCUCCCGAGACUUUAGAUAGUCUAUGGACAUUAUUCUGUGCACUUUAGUGUGGAAUACAAAGUUUUAAAAAUUAAAAUUAUUUUUUUUUUAGGACCUGGUUGGAACAAAAACCCAUUCUGUCCUGGAGCUUGAGGACCGGAGUUGAGAACCACCACGUUAAAACUUAAAUAUACAAACAGUAAAGCAUUGAGGUACUUGGGAUUUGGUUGUGCACACCAGGACACAUUGUUAUACCUGUGAACAAAAUGUGAAAGAUAUGAAAGUGGUAUUAACGGAUGGAGAGAUUGACCUUACAAACAAAAUUGAAUCUUGACACACAAGAGUUUGACCUGUCCGACUUAUUUCUUUUUAAACUCAAAAUGUACUGUUGUAUCUUACUUUAUUUUUAUAUAUAUAUUUUUAAUUUUCACUUUUUAAAUGAGCCUGAUUUAUGAAAUGAAAAUAAAUUAUGAUGUAAUUGUUGAAUUGUAUGACAGCCAUAUAUUUUUAACAUUGUGAUACUGUGCCCACUAAUGAGUAAAUUGUCUGAUUGCUAUUAAUUUCACUUAUUAUCAAGCAUUGCAAUUUUAAUGUGUUUGUCUUUAAUGACAUUUUUCCAGAAUGUGGGUGUGAAGAUUUAUAUCUGUUGUAACUUUAAAUGUAUGCAGGGAUGGAAACUCGGGAGUGUCAAUAGAAACUGAAGUAUGUGUUCAUCUGCCAGUUUAAAAACACCACAAAAUGAACACCCGUCUUUCUUCUGGUGAAGUUUUAGGAUAAAUAAGCCAGAUAACAUGCAAAUAGUGUGUGUGCAGGUAAUAUUUGGAUUGAUAUUUUUAAAGAGAAACACAUGUGUAAGCAUUAUUUAAAUAGCCUCUGAUUUUUCCUUGUGUUCUUUCUGAUUGACUCAACCAUUCAGAGUUACUGUAUAUGCAUAAAACAAACUUUUCUUCUUGGCUAUACUAAAGGACAUCUCCAAAUAUCAUCAGUGUCGUCACAAAGUAUUUAAGCCUCAACUAAAUAAUGCGAUGAAUCAGAAAAAUUGUGUUAAUGCUUGACAAAAGGUACAGUUGUAGGAUCUAACAGGUUUUAGAAGUCCAUGAAAUAUCUUUUGUUUAUAUCCAUUGUCACAGUACAACGCAGACCUGAAUUUAGCAGUGCUAAUAACUUGGUGCUCUAGUUGUGCUCAACAGGAUUAUGUGGUACUUUGGAAAAAGUACAAAAUUGGUUAAGAAGCUUGUAUUUUUGUUUUGGCUUUUGGAGACCCUUCACACCACUAAAACCCAGUACCUCAAUCUAUUUACUUAAUGAAUUGAGAAGUAUUUUAUACUGGCCUGUAUAUCCCUUUUUUCUAUUUUUUCUUUCUACCAACACCGAAAGCUACAGACCAAGGAACUACUUGCAAGAUCCUUUAAAUCCCUACCCCCAAUAAAUAUUGGUUUUUAUUAUUUUUUUUUAUUGGACUAUGUAAACUUGUGUGGAGUUUUACUUUUUAUCAUUUUACCUGUUUUUGUGUAUUUGUGCUUGUAUAUUUAAGGUAGUAGCAGAAGUUCUGUAUAGCUGUAAUUAAAUGUAUUCCUUCUUAGUGUACCCCAAAGCAAAGCCCUGUCUGUAAAAUGUUUAAAUAAAGAAAUAAACAGGAAAAAGGUCAAAUGUUCAUUUUGAAAUGUGCUUGAGACUUGAACUAUAUUCUGGGUACAUACACCUCUCUGGUUGUCUAUCACACUACCCAUUUUCUUUGGAAAUUUACUUGUAAAGCUUUUGCUAAUGCAUGUUUAGUUGAACCCUAUUAUUCUUCCUUCCUUUGUACUCUUUGUUUCACUGAAUCAAUGUCCUUUUUUUUUAGCUCAUUGACAAAUGUGACUAUAUUAUUUUUUAAGCCUCAACAUUAAUUCCUAAAGCUGUAAUAUUUUCCUCCUAACAUUUAUAGUUGCUUCAUAAAUACUACAGUAUUGAAUGGAAGUACUGGUCCAUGCUUUUGUAAAAUACUUUCACUUGGUUUACAAAACAGGGUUCUUGUCCCUUCUUGUGGCUUAGCUCUACAUGAUUUUCCUUUGCAAG